UGUAAGCAGCAUCAUUAGGUGAUAAUUUACAUAUCUCGGGUAUUCGAGAGAUUCGAGAGGUUUCAGAAUAAGCAUGCAGCUAAAGCAAAUCGAUAUCUCACGUAGUUAUGCGAGGUUCAAUGUUCUCGUGAAGGUCCUUGAGUAUGUUCUCAAGGUACCAUCGAUAUGGGUGACCCGCGCCAACCUAGAAUAUUACACGUAUCAACAAGCGUGUAAAUGAGCAUUGUGGAAUAAUGACAAACUUGCAAAAUUACACUAACAAAUAUUUAUUUGUACAUUGCGCAAUAGGAAAUAAGUAUAUUUGCUAUCUUUUUAAUUAUUAUAUAUGCUAUCAACUUUUACUAUCUUAUGAAAUGGCUAAAAUUUUUAAUUGUCUUUGAGCAAUUUUUUUAAUUUUUUAUAAUAGAAGGCAAUUGAUUUCACAAUUGAUUUUAUCUCGCUGGAUGUAGAUGUUGCAUGUAUUAAUUUGUUAACAUAUUAUAGACGGUUAACUUUUAAUUAAAUGCGCUUAUGUUUGCAAAUGUUAAUAAUAGAGUUGUACAGUAAAUAAUAAUGUUGAAUAAUUUAUUAACAGAAUGCUUAAUUAUCUCUUAUAAUUUUAUAUUGUGCAUGGAGUUUUUUUUAGAAAACAUUUUCCAGCAGUUAUCAAUGAUGCAUUGAUGCAAUACAUUGAUACAAUAAUGCAAUUGAUAGCACGGCUAACAAGUCAAUGUGCGCAAAUACGAUUUUCGAAGAUGUUAUCGAUCAGAUAUCAAAUUAUGAGGUUGCUCUCGUGAUUGCGCUUUGAAGAUCUAAUCGUGGGUGUUUCGUGGCGCCGUGAUGGCAGUAAGCGAAUAUAACACAGUUGCAAGAAAAAUGAAGAGUUAAAUGAAAUAAGUUUACAAAGGAGUUUCGAGGGACCUAUUAUAUUUCUGUUGAUCAAAUCUCGAUAGAUACAAAGCUUAACGUUACGAUAUAAUCUUAUAACGCAUCAAUUGCCUUAGCCACAUCCAAAUACUUUAGCCACAACCUCGAGAUUUUUUCAAACAAGAUAGAAAGAUGAAAAUUACAAUGGUGCCGCAGAAAAUUUUUCUCACAAUGAAAUAAUCCAGAAAAUAAUCUAAGAUCAAAGAUUAUGGUCAUGGAAUUCUGGCUGAAGCAUUUUGUUGUCUUGAUGAGCUAAUCAGCUAAUGGAAUCGUUAAUAUGUGAUUGAUGUUUUUUUGAAGAACGCUGCAUUUACUUGAAACCAGCCAAUCGCUUUAAGAGCGAGCGAUUUAAUUUAUUCAAUCAAUGUUUCGUACGUACUGAAUCGCCAUAUGACAACCUGGAAGAUUUCCUGUCAUGACGACAUGGAUACGAAGGAGGAAGCGUCUAUACCGAGAACAACUUGAACCGAAGAAAACCAACGCAUAAGAGAGGAUAAGUGCGAAUGUUUCCGUUGUUUUAAAAACAACAAUGUCAACGCUUGCCACGGAUACACCAUUACCGUCCACCACCUUUGCCGGAGAAUUAACGACUACCCUCAUACCCACCGUUACCAAGAUUGAUACGUGGCUCGACAUCAGUCCUGUCUCAAUAGUCUUAGCAGUUUCCAUAGUGUGCAUUCUCUCGCCCAUCACUGUCACCGGUAAUUCCAUUAUCCUAGCUGCCUUUUAUCGGUACAAGAGACUUAGGACCGCUUCCAAUUACCUUUUGGUCUCGUUGGCUAUUAGCGAUUUUGGGAUCGGUGUUUUUAUGCCAAUCGGGAUGCAACUGGAGCUUUCCGGUUUACCGGAAAACGGCGUUUCCGCUCUCUAUAUCGUGCCAUAUUGCAUUGUGAUUGCGCUCUGCAGCGCGAGCGUCCUUAUUACCGUAGCCAUCGCGGUGGACCGUUUGACUUCGUUAGCACAACCAUUACGAUACAAGAAUAUCAUCACUCAUAGCAGCGUAGAAAAGUACAUUGCUCUCUUUUGGAUAUAUGCGAUUGCCAUUGGUCUGUCGCCUCUCAUAUAUGCUCAAAUCACCGGGGGAAUACAGUCGCAAAGCGAAAGCUGCAGGUUUAAUGCGGCUGUGUUACCACCAGUUAGGGUGUUUCUGGUCGUGGCAGUUUGGGCACCGAGCGCCCUAAUUCUACUUGGUUGCUACAUAUAUGUCUAUCUUGUCGCGCGUGCACAUGCACGUGCAAUUUAUACAGUGGAAUUAUCGUUCAGACAUCAAACGCAGACGUUGGCAUUGCCUCGUUACGGACAAACACUGGCAGUCACGGUCGGCGCAUUUCUUAUCCUGUGGUUGCCAUUUCAAACUUGCAUGUUGGUGGAUAUCUUUUGCGGUACCAACAUCCUAUCGGAAUGGGCGGUGAUAUGGUUGGGUUUGCCGAUUCUGGCGCACAGUAGCGCGAAUCCUUGGAUCUAUGCUUUUCAUCAUGGUGAGAUGCGCAUUGCCGCUGGUAAAAUAGCCGAAGAUCUGAUCGCUCUAUUCGGCGUAAUGCCGGGCCGUUACAACUGCUCACCGGCAAGAUAUGGCACCAAUACGAACUUCGAAUUAGGCGAAGUGAAUAACGAAGAAAGCAACGAAAUUAGGCGGCAUUCACCUGUAAAAGAUUGUUUCGCUGUUGCCAAGUACCAUAAUGUUCUUUACGACAAAAGAUGCCUAGAGGUUGGCACAUCCGGUAGAUAUAGUGAUAUCUCGCCCGAGAAGCACGACGAGUAUGUCGCGUCCUCCUGCAACAGUCGAACGGACGACAUGAUUGAGGAAAACAUUCACGACUUGACAAAGAUGCUCGAUCCGAGAUACAUCGUCGAUCGAAACCACGUGAUUGAUUCUAAUCACAAUAUCGACAAGAUAAAAAAUUUCAAGUAUUUGCUGGAUCCAACCUUCAACAAGAUCAGGCAUCUCCGACGAUUGAAUCACAAACGAAUGAACGGGAAGAGCUUACCAUUAAUUUCCGAGCCAAAAUUUAUAUCUUAUCAGAACUUGAAAAGCGACAGCGCACAGCUGGUCGUACACAGCAAUCACAAAUUACUUCAGUUGAACGCACUGUCGGAUCCGACACUAAACGUCGACGCUUCCGUAAUAGAUACCAAGAACUUGAAUCAAGUGACGUAUCACGCAAAUAACAUUGUCUGUGAGAGGCGAAAUCCAAACUUGUCGUUGACUAUGUCAGAUUCAAAUUUAAGAAAAGUAACGAUGCACGCUUCCGACGAGGCGGGCACGAGAUUCUUUCCAACGAGUGACAAUGGCUAUUCCGUGCAAAAUCUCAAUCGUGGAUACGAGGAGGCGUUAGCGAGGCACACGAUGAUGCUCCGCCGGCAAAUGGAAGAUCAACAAAGAUCUAGCAACGUUUCUUCUCGUCCGCGGCCUAAGCCCCGCGGUCUUCAUUUCGGACGCGUGAGUCCAAAUCUGAAGCAUAGGCUGCGAAACAACCCUUCCUCGUUUUCAUCCUCGCCGGUUACGUCCAAUAACGUCGUCGGAGCCAAUUCCCUGGCGAAUACAUCAAAGCGAAGCGUGUCGCCGGGAAUAACUUGUCCGCGCCUAACUAUCACGUCAAACAAAUUGGCUAAUCUCAUUAACUUGGAUUCACCUUCGAAGAAACCCGCGCCUAUGCAUACAAGAAAUCUUACUGCCAGAAUCAUGACUCAAGUCAAUAAGAAUGUAGAGGUGUUGAAACACUCCGAGUCGAUUAACGUCGCGAUCGGCAAUCCGACUCUACUUCGAACUUGCGAUUUGAUGGAUUCGUUGGUCGUCCCGACGAUACACUCGGAACCGCCGAGUCCUAUAGAUCCUCUUUCCUCGGCGAUUCUUGCGACCGAAGAAGCGCAGAAUCUCAAGAUCUACCCAAGACCCGCCAUGGACGUCCACGCGUUGACACAACGCGUCAACAUGGCUAAAUCGCCUCUUGGAAAAAGAAGCAGUUCCGUGAGACAUUUCGACACUACAGUACCGACGGUCUUGCUCAUUGAGGAUCUGAGUGAACCGUCGGACAAUCAAAUUCAAAAUCAUGAGAGCAACCUAUCGUCCGAUAAUACAUCGACAUUAGAGCCAAUCGAUCUUUUCGAGGCGCUACUAAGGAACUCGGACAAAAGUAAGGACGUGAGAUUACCGGAGCCUAUUUUCGCCGAGCACGACUCUACUAGGUUCAAUUCAAGACGACCGUCCGAUUCCAAAUGGUCCGAAUCCUCCAGGAGUCAAGAGAUCUUAUCGAGUGCGAUGGAACAUGAAACUGCGUUUCCGUCAUCUUAUUCGGUCAACGACUUUCAAACUUGUAACAGCGGCAGCGAUCUCAACGAUCUCACGUCCCUGGACCCGUUCAUGUGUCCUGACGCUCUAACGUCAUCUCUGCGCGAGUCCUUCUUCAGCGCGCCGUCCAUGCCCGAUUCGGACAUAUUCACGUCCUUUGAGGAAAACGACGAACCGGUCUUUACGCCCGAUUCCGAGCAGCGAAAUAUCGCGGCAUAUAAUUCGAUGUCGACGGUGAACCUGAAGAAAUGUGUCAUCGAGGCGGCUUUUCAAAGCAGAUCUACAGAGUCGAUGCAUCACGUUAGGUGUCCUUCGACACGAUCGGGCACGAUUCUCAGAUUAGAACCAGCCAUACAUUCAAGUAGGUUGCGUGUCAGGCCCUACGUGGAUAACAUUCUGAAGGAGCAGCUGAUCAAGAGGAAUCCACGACUAGCACCUCUUGCCAUCCCCACACCCACCGACAUCUGCACUCCCACGUUCGACGUCGUGACGGAUAUAAAAAGUGAUAACGAUGUCGGCGUUAGAGUUUAAAUCGUUCGCUCACCCCUUGCAUGAGGAUUUGCACAUUUCCUCAUUACUUGUCUACUUUAUGUUUACACAAGAAACAUACGAUUUGUUAGUCGCAAUCAAUUUUUAUUUACUUACAACUGAAUUCAGAAAGAAUUUACAACUGCGGCUCUGAAAGUUUCGUAAAAAAAAGUAUCCAGAGAGAGAGAGAGAGAGAGAGAGAGAGAGAGAGAGAGAGAGAGAAAGAGAGAGAGAAGGGGGUAAAAGCUACGAUAUCAAUACAAUAUGUAUACACGGAGAAAAUUUCAUAUAAAAAAUUACUAUAUGUACGAUAGUAGCCACGGACCAUAAGAAAAAAUUUUAGAGAAUUCUACCAUAAUUAAUGUAAAUAUCAUGAUGGUUUAAUGCUAAACGUAGUAAAAAUUUUUAUAAUACUUUCCUUGGCCUACACUUAUCGCUUACCAUAGUAAUUUUUACUAUAAAAUUUUUUCUGUGUACAAUACGCAGGAUGUUUUUGUACGUUAUUUUAUCAGAUCGCAUAUUUGUGCGAUUUAUGCAAGCUUGCAAAUCAUUUAAAGUGCCACGUUGUAAAUCACGUGCGGUGUUUUUUAAUUUUUUAUUUUUAAUCAUUUUCUUCAUUCAGUAAGAGAAAAUCGUUAGAUGAUGCAAUCAAGUUGCUCGUGUACAUGGAUCAUAAUUUCUCUAGAGUAAUGUUCGCUUUACAUUAUUUAAUAUGUAGCUAUUUACAUACAAUUGUUUUAUUUUUGCACUUUUUAUAUUUUUUUCAACACUUGAUGCUUUCGUACUUAAAUUUUCUUAUCAAAUACUUUGCACAUUUUUAUAUUUUUUAAAUAUUUGCAAUUACUCUUCCAUCAAAACUUAAAAAUUCAAUUAUUAAUUAAAGACCAUUUUGAUAAAUAACGCCUUAUCAGAUAGAUAAUGGCGCUAUAUAUCAUAAAAGCCCCUUAUUAUAUGAUUUAAUAUCAUGAGAAAAUUUCCAAGUAUAUUUACGAUUGAAGUAUAUACAAAGUUUUCAAAUUACAGUUUGAUAGGAAAAGAUAAAUCUUAUAUCACUUUUCGAUUUUCAAUAAUAUUUAAAUAAUAAUUUAAAUUUAAUAAUUUGUAUUAAUAUUUAAUAAUUUGUUUAUUCAUUCGGUCAAAACAUUAUUCAUACAUCACGUCCCGCCUUAAAUCGAAACGAUGACUACACGUUCCGAUAUGUAUUGCCAGUAUCAAAAAUCUGUAGUUCAUAUUACGUAUACUAUAGAUUUUUCGUACUGGCAGUAAAUUCCGGAAACGCAGUUGGUAUUUGUUAUACAAAAGUAGAAGAAAGUACUCUGUGCGGUCCAAUUACAUGUCAUAUGUCAUAUAGAAGCGUGUGAUUGCAUUUAUAUUUUAUAUUCUACAAAUAAAAUGAUGAUUUAAACAUUUCGUAAAUCAUGUGCCAAGAAAAUUGUACUAAAUUCCAAAUUACACGAAUCAUCAAGUUUAUGCUCAUAACAUAUUAUUGCUUGUGUACCUGAUGAAAGUUAUAUAUUUGUUGAGACUGGAAAAGAAAUAUUAUAGAUUCAUCGCAGAAUAUUUACUGAAAUAUUCUCUAAAAUACAAAAGUGACUAAAAUCUAAUAUAUGGAUAGCAUUUAUAUUUUUUUAGUCAACAAAAUUUUGUAUUUUAACUUGUCUUAUUUUUGCGCGUUUUCUGAUAUAAAGAUCUUACAGAAAUAAUUUCUUAUUACAUUUUCUAUUAACAAGGAGAGCGAUAUACAAAUUUAAUUUGUUCAUUGCACUUAGAAUUAUUUCUUCUAAACUAUACGAACUAACUCCUUUUUUUAUCAAAAUGGCUAAAAUGGCAUAAUCCAUGAAAUCACAUUAUAUUAAACAUGAAUGAUAAAAUGAAAAUUGAGGUUGUCAAAGAUGAAGAUGUUAGAGAUAGAGAUUUAGAAAGAAAGAAAAAGAGAAAGAGAAAGAGAGAGAGAGAGAGAUUAGUGACAAAAAUAUAAACAGUUAUUUCUAUUUCAAAAAAAGGACCAAAACUAAAGUAACAGCAUAAAUGAAAAAAAA